GUUAUUGGAAAUUGGAUUAAGCUCCGAGUUUUCGGAGCAAUUUCGGAGGUAGCGCUACGUCGCGUGCCUAGCGAAUAAUUUCCCUGACUACAUUUACUUCCAGGGGAUACACAUUUCCGAAUUUAUAUGUUUUCUCAUUCUUAUCGGCUGUCAUGUAUUCAGACUGCACUCAAAUACUCAACUUAUUCACAUGGAGCAUCACCAAGACUUAAAAUCAACGACCCUUUGUCCCAAAAAUCACAUAGAUCCGAAGUCCUGACUGUGAAGAAAAAGGACAAUUCUCAGAUUGACGAACUAUCGCUUGAUGCGGCUAUACUUAUCAAACAAUCCGAGUGUGCUCUAACAUCCAAGCACAUUCCUCCUAGGUUCCAGACAAUCACGAAGUGUUGUAAACAGUUUUGGAUGGCGAAUUUUCCCGAAUGGUCUCGCAUUCUUGAUAUGCAACUGGACAAGGACCCAUACUUUCUUGAUAAACAUAUUUCAGAACCGUGUUUCCCGCAUAGUUUCUCUGCUCAGCUUUCAAAAAUUUUUAAUUUCAAUAUCAAACUAGCAGGAUUCUUGGAUUCAAGCAUUGCGUCAGGAGAGGUUUUUAAUUUUCUUCGGUUUUGCGAUUCCGUUUACAAAGAAUCGCGAGCAGCUAAAGGAUUUCGACGUGGCCAUAUCAUACAGACCUCAAUGGUUUACGAAAAGCUAGCAAAUUAUUACGCAAAAUGUGGUGACUGGAGUGGAUACAUUAAAUUACUGGAACGAAUAAAACGAGAGGGUUUGUUACCUUCAAAAAAUACUUAUUUCUAUGGUUUCGAAUGUUUGGGUAAACUUAUGAACAAGAAUGGGUCUCAACUUCCACCGUCUUCGCACCCUCAGUCUAUUUCAAAAAAUAAAGCAUUUAAUCGCAUAACUCCCAAAUCAGUUAUACCUAUGGAAAAAAUUGGACACGAGGCUAAAAAUCUAAUAGAUGCUGCUGAAAAGGAGGGAAACGAUCUAACCCAGGGUUUACUAGAUUUAUCUCUAGAAGAAGGUUCAUUGAGGAAUAUUCUCACUGCCUUGUUGUAUGUCCGACCAAAUAUAAAUCCAAAUCUUAAUUACUUUAUACACUAUUCAUCCAGCAAUAUUUCAACACAUACCAAACGUACCAAGGAAAUAUCUCAUCCAGCUCAAAAACAUUUAGAUAGUGUUAAACACGAACGUAAAAAUCCUUACGCUGGUAUUUUUACGGAUUUUGGUGACAUUUCAAAGGCAUUUAAAAAUCAGAUGUAUGUAGAACAAAUGACAGAAGUCACUGUCUCACCCGUACUUUCACCAUUCGGUCAAUCAGAAACUACCCCUUUAUCGCCAGAACUAAAGAAGAAUUUGCAUAAUGCUUUGAUUGAAGAGCGUAAACAUUGGCAUAAAAUCCUACUAACUGCCUUUAAUGAACAGUUGAAAAGACUUAAAAUAAUUCAUGCAAAAGGAAAACUGACAGCUUAUCCAUUCCUGAAGAUCUUGCCUGCAUCAAAUUAUACAGAUCUGAUGAUUUCGGGAAUUGAUAUGUUAAUUGUGGAUUCAGCUUUACAGUAUACGUCUUCAUCAAUUGCUUGUCUUCAACUUGGUCGGCGUGUAGAACGUGCUUGUACUGUAUACCGCCAAGAAAAAAUAGGAUAUUUUAAGCAAUUAGAAAAAAUGUACAUGACGUAUGCUACUUUGUUUAAUGAACAUGAAAUGAAGUUUUCUAAUUUCCGGCAUAUGUGGCUAUAUGCUCUGCAGUCACGUAUAGAUCAAGGUCCGAAUACGCAACAUAACUGGACUUCGUGGCCUCCAACAAUUCUUUUCAUGAUUGGUGAGGUAUUAUACAGUCUUAUAUAUGAACAUUUACGUUUUGACUUAAAUGGUCCACUUAGAGUUCGUCAUCAAUUCUCAAAAAGUGAUGAAAAAACAAGUAGUAAUAUUCGUCGUAAAGAUACUCCAGCUAUCUUUGAAGUUCUUGCAGAAUUCCCAACUGAAGUAACUAAUGAAAUUAAGGUUCAUCCAACGUUAAUUAACUGGUAUCGUGAUGCAGAUUAUCCACCUUUAAGUUUCCAUCCAUGUGCUCUACCUAUGCUUUGUCCACCAGUUCCAUGGAUCAAUCUUGAUGAUGCUGGUUAUUUGAUUUCAAGAAAUUAUGCAACACGUCUGAUUAGAUGUACCAGCGUUUCAUCAACAAACCCAACUUAUCUUGAUGACUUGGACUUUGAUUGCAAUCAAAUUCCAUCAAUAUUAGAUGCUCUCAACUGUUUAGCUUCCUGCCCAUGGAAAAUUAAUAACACCAUUUUAGACUAUCUUAUUCAAGUGGCACGUUCUGGUGGCAAUGAAACUCUCAAUAUUCCCGAAUGGAGAAGUAAACCUAAACGUGUGGAUUUGAGAAAUGAUAUGACCGCCAAAGAACGUCGGCUCGCCUACAGAAAGUACCAUGAUGAUAGACAAGAUUAUGGUGAAUUUUGUUCACUGUGGAGCACUGAAGUGUACAGACUAUCUAUAGCUAAUCAAUAUCGUGACAAAAUUAUUUGGUUUCCACAUAGUAUGGAUUUCCGUGGUCGUGUAUAUCCUUGUCCUCCCCAUUUCAAUCAUACCGGUAGUGAUGUGGCUAGAAGUCUUAUUGUAUUUGCAAAGGGAUUACCUCUUGGUCCUAAUGGCUUAGAUUGGCUUAAAAUUCACUUAGUCAAUUUAACAGGUUUAAAGAAGAGAUGCACUCACUCAGAACGUUUAGAAUAUGCCGAUUCUAUAAUGAAUGAGAUUAUUGAUUCUGCUGACAAACCAUUCGAUGGUAGGAGAUGGUGGCAAAAUCAAGCAGAGCCAUGGCAAAUCUUAGCUUGUUGUAUUGAAUUAAAAAACGCUUUGUCACAUCCAUCUGGACCAGAAUCAUAUGUUUCUCAUUUUCCUGUCCAUCAAGAUGGUUCUUGUAAUGGAUUACAACAUUAUGCCGCCUUAGGCCGUGAUCUUCGAGGUGCAAAAUCAGUUAAUCUAACUAGUAUGGAUUAUCCACAAGAUUUGUACAGUGACGUUGUUGAAAUCGUAGAAGAACAAAGGCGUAUCGACGCAGAUGGCGGGAACUCUAUUGCUAAAACACUUGAAGGUUUUGUUCGGCGUAAAGUUAUCAAACAGUCUAUAAUGACUACGGUUUAUGGUGUUACUCCAUAUGGGGCUACUGAACAAAUCCGUAAACAACUUCGCGACCUACCUGAUUUUCCCAAAGAGUCUUUACUCCCUGCUUCUAGAUAUUUGGCUCGUUUAACACUGAAUAGUAUCGAAAAAGUUUUUACAUCUUCAGUUGAUAUUCAAAAUUGGCUUUGCAAAAUUGCCAAAUAUAUAUCUGGAGAUUUACAACAUAGAGUUAGCUGGCAAACUCCUCUUGGUCUACCAGUUAUACAACCAUAUAUCCAGUCAAAUAAAAGUUCAGCUGAUUCCUAUGAUUAUACCGUUAACUAUUAUAGUCAACUUAUUGACAAUAAUCAAAAACUAGAUUUACUAAAGAAUGAUAAAAAGGAUGACAAUUUUAUAUCAUUGCCAAAAUCAUCUAAACAGACGAGUGCUUUUCCACCGAAUUUUAUUCACUCAUUAGAUUCAUGUCAUAUGAUGCUAACGGGUUUGCAGUGCUUAAAAGAAGGCAUUGUUUUCGCCUCUGUGCAUGAUUGUUUUUGGACUCACGCAGCUACUGUAGAUAAGUUGAAUCGAAUAUGCCGUGAAGAAUUUAUUGCCCUUCACAGUCAAUCAAUAUUAGGCGAUUUUGCUGAUUAUGUAAAACAAAGGUUUGGAUAUACAGACAAACAAAUCAAUGAAUUUAAAAGUGGGAAGAAACGAGAUCAGGCAUUGGCUUUCAAUCGUUUACUUUCGAAUCUCCCUAAAAGAGGUUCAUUUGAUUUGUCCGAAGUUAUGAAAGCAGAAUAUUUCUUCAGUUGAACAAAUCAUUUGCGUCACAGUUAUAUACAGAAAAUACACUGUACAUAGAGUUGAUUAGAAUAUUUUUACAUCAUUAUGAGUUUGUAAAUACAAUUCAACUUUUAUUUACUUUUUGUUUAUCAAAUUCCAAUGUUUACGGUUUUUAAAAAAAGUUGAUGAAAACAAAGUAAGCAACUAAGAUUUAAAAGUAUAGUCGGCUGCAUAACUAAUUAGUUUGGAUCUCUGUACAAAAUAAUUCUUAGAAUAAUGAACAUAUACCGAAACCUUGGGACUCAUAGUAUCAGUUUUAGAAUUAAAACUAGUCUACAAAAUAAGUUACUGUAAUUCCAUUAUAUUUCUGUUCUGUAAUAUCAUAAAACCACUUUGGAAAUCGGUUUACGGGACACGUCCUAACCAGAUCGAACCAAAAUUUCUGAUAGUAAUUAGACCAUUAAAAACUGAAUAAGUCAUCUUUGAAAACUAAAAGGAACUACAACUUGUUACAGGACUGGCAGGUUGAUUAACUACUUUAAAUAUUACAAUCUAUGAAUACUAACAGCAAAAUUACUCAGCACUGCUUACAAAGUUUACCACAACUCAAAGAGAAGAAUGUAUUCCCAAUUUAAGAGUUACAUCGCAGCUUUGUUUAGUAUAAGUUAAGGGAAUUAUCGCUCGAUCUUACUUGCUUCCAAAAAGACUUUCUUUUAUUCAGACUACUCUUAUCCAUUACUGAGAAGUUUGAUACCCGACCGUUUGUCAAGUUUAGUAGUGGACUGUAUAAUAACACUAACCAGUCGAAACUGAUGUAGUUAAACAAUCGCUUAUUAGUCUUAGAAAAAUAAAGAAGAUGGAAGAAUUAAUAGUUAACAUAUAUAAAGAUAACCCGACUUUGGAAUUCAAACGGCAAACUAGAAUUGUGUACAAGAAACCAAGUGAUCGUAGUCUUCAACAGCCAAAACUAAUAAUCAUCCAUAAAAAUAGAGCCCAUUAAAAUCCUAUAUGACGUAACCAACAUAAUGUUCGUAUUGAUACUCUUUUGCCAUCUCAAUAUGUAUACGAUAUUUUAGCUACUGGACUUUAUUUGGUGGGUUUGACAAAACACUCUAGAUCGCAUUAAAUAAUUGGUAAAUUCCAACCUAAUGAAUAUUUAGUUUCCAGAUUACUUUUUGCUGGUAAUACUUAUCAUUAAGUCCGACCGUUUCGUAAGGAUGCUGAUAAACUGCAGAUUCCUAAAUACCUUGGAAUAGACAAGAUUUUCGUCCGCUUACCAAUCAAUUGAGUAGCAGUCCGCCCCUUAGUGCAUUGUGGCUAUGAAGAUGGUCCUUAAGGAUGAAUGACAUGUGCGCACCACAAUUAUUUUGUCGUGGAUAUCCUCGAAACGUGCUGAGAUAUGAUAAUCACCAAGUGAGCGAUGAUAAGCCUACGCGUAGGGCACUGAGUGAAGAUGGCAAAUCCAGUAAGUCUACGGUAUUCUGUUAAUAGUCCCCCCCGCCAUUUGAUUCUGGCUUUCAUAGAAAUAGGUUGGGGCAAAUCUAGAAACCUUCAAACGAUAACUUGACAAGAAUCCAUGGAGUCACUAACUUGUUCUGAAUCAUGUUACUAGACCCUAGCUUCCUAGUUGGAUUCUACACGACAACUAUGAUCAGUGUGGCGAGGUGUAUAACGGCUUACAAAGUGUCCUUGGUUCGAAUAUGUCCAUUCUUUAUUUCCUAUAUCUUAAGUCAUAAUAUGAUUAGAUUUCUCUGUUCCUUUCAAGUCAUGUGUCGGACAAUCUUGCGAAAACCGAGGAUAAUUCUCGACUUCGCAAAAGAAGCCUUAGAUUGCUUAAGAUAACCAACUGUAUUGUUCAUCGCUUACGGUGGUGUUUAGAACUAAAGAAAGAAGUUGCAUUGAGGACAUCCGACAUUGAAUCACCAAUAGCUAAACAUUGAGGGUGAGGUUACACCUCACCAAACCUUCCAACCACCUCUCUUCUCGAUGGAGAAUAUUUGGUAAGAUGUAACUCCUUCUGUAGUACAGAAAAUUCGAAGGACUGUGGAUGUCCCCAUGACCCCGCAUAUUUUAUUUAUUUAUUUAUCUUAACACAGGUAUAGGUACAAGGAGGCUCCAAGUACAUAUGCGCAACACAAAUCUCAAUUGGUUUGUGUGAGGGCUGUGAUACUGCCCGGGUGCUCAAACCGAAGCAGGUGGUUUCCUUAGGGGGCCACACCCCGAACCUUCGACCUGAACGUCUGACCCACAAGGCAGUGGAGCAUCGUAAGGAGAUGCAGUCUCAUGGUAGCCGGUGACCAACGAUUGGUUCAUACGCCAUUUGUUCCCUCAGGAUACUGGAGCUCAUGUGCGCCAUUGAUUUGGGAUCCGGUUAUAGUGCCGGACGUUCGUUUUUCGUCCUCUCAUUUUCGUAAACAACACCCCCGCCACGAGAAGGCAGUGAGUAGGACUUCCCUGGCAGAGGCUGUAUACGCGUGGCCAUGUGAGAGCAUUUCGAGAGGGAGAGCGGACUCUCCUCACUCUCGGCCGUACCAGGGCAUUUGGGGGCUCUUUUAAAGCUUAUGCAUUGAUGUGAAACUAUUGUUCUUGUCUAUUGUUUGUAGAUAUCUACCUUAGUUUUUAUUUUGUUGAUAAAACUUGAACUUAUCAUCCACCGUUACGUUACGGUGUUAUGAGAUCCACUUUUUGUGCAAAAAACAUUUUAUUUGAGCUUGUGUCAAGUUUUCCCGAACACAAAUGGUUCUGUUUUCAUAUCAGCUUCCUGUAAAGAUAUGUAUAUAUCCAUUUGGAUCAUGUCUGGCAUUUCUAUAGUUACGUUUCGGUUAAAUAUAGUAAUGGUCAUUUGGAUACGCAGGCAUCCAAAUAAAGUUUCAUGUAAAACGAGAAUGAUCAUUCUUUAUUCUACACACUAAUUUAUCAACAUAAUGUUUGGAUAGAUUUAGCCAUAACUAUCACCUUGUUUAACUUUUGUAUUUUCAAUGAGUGGGAAUUAUUUAUGAUAAGUGUGCAUAAAAUAUGCACUUUUCUAUUUGUAUUCAAUAAUUUACCUUAAUAAACAUUAAACUACUUUUAAAUACCAAGCAAUAUAAUGUUUCCCUUUAUAUAAUUUAUAUAGGUUCAUUUGAUUUGUCCGAAGUUAUGAAAGCAGAAUAUUUCUUCAGUUGAACAAAUCAUUUGCGUCACAGUUAUAUACAGAAAAUACACUGUACAUAGAGUUGAUUAGAAUAUUUUUACAUCAUUAUGAGUUUGUAAAUACAAUUCAACUUUUAUUU